AUGGUAAAAAAAAAUAAUGCUAAUAUUGCAUCAUUAACACAAAGUGAAGUACGUGAUAUUAUAUUGGGUAUAGAAAUAAGUGCACCAAGUAUACAACGGCAACAAAUAGCUGAAAUUGAACAACAAACAAAAGAUUCAUCACAAAUAAUAGAAACAACAGUUAAAACAUUUAAUAAAAAUGUUGAUGAAAUCAUUGUAAAUGUUAGAAGUAAUUAUGAAAGACAAACAUUUGCAUCUAAAACUGAUUGGCCUAUACGAGCUAUAUCAACAACUAAUUUAUAUUUACUUACAAAUCAUAUUUAUGUUUCAUCAGAUGAUAUUAAAGAAGCAGAUCUUCGUACACAAAUUGCUGGUUAUUUAUAUGGUAUUAGUCCACCGGAUAAUCCAAAAAUAAAAGAAAUUCGUUGUUUGAUUUUACCACCACAAAGAGGUACACAUGAAAUUGUUUAUUUACUAAAUUUAUUACCACAAUAUGAAUAUAUUAAGAAUAUGGAACCACUUGGAUGGAUUCAUACUCAACCAAAUGGAUUACCACAAUUAUCACCAAAAGAUAUAAUAACACAUGCUAAAAUAAUGCAUGAUCAUAAAUCAUGGAAUGAAGAAAAAACAAUUAUAAUAACAUGUUCAUAUACACCUGGUUCAGUUUCAUUAGCUGCUUAUAAAUUAACACCAAGUGGAUAUGAUCCAUCACAUUAUGAAAAAGUUCAAAUACUCUUGUCGGAUCGUUUCUUUGGAUUUUUUUAUGAUACCAGGACAAGACUUAAUUUUAUGGGUGCUGCUCGUCAUGAUGCUAAUAUGAAAUAUGAUGUAAUCUUAUCAAAUCCAAAAGAAUUUUAUCAUGAAAAUUCAUCGUCCAUCACAUUUUCUUAA